GUCGAGUGUGCGUUUGUGCGUCAUCGCGCGUUUCGAAAACUUUUGACUGGAGUGUUGUGUUUGUUUGGAUAUACGAUUUGGUAUCGCAUUUUUAAAGGAAAAAACCAAGACCAUCUCAUACAGGACCUCAAGAUCCUGAAAAUAAAUAACAUUGCCAUGUGAGGGUGACGCAACAGAGUAGCGGGAUGUCCGCACUAUGACAUCUGUUAAUCUCUUUCGGAUACUACUUCUGUUAUUUGCUGUCUCAGAGUACAAAAUGUGCCUUUGUGGUGAGAUCCUGACCCCUCGUCAGUACACGGCGUUGUCUGGGGAUCUGAGGGUGGACGUUCUAGGAGUCUCCAGUCCCGGAUGUGUUCAGCUAUUGGAGCGACUGAGAGAUGACCAAUACUCAGUCCUGGGUACCGUGGCCAUCAUGGGUACUACCGUGCAGGAGCCAGGGGUGCCACUACAUCAGGUGGUGUUUCCCUGCGGAGUGAUCUGUCAUGGCGGUCAGUUCGGCCUCAGGCUGGCCUCUGGCCUAGAGUGUACCUCUAACUCCUCGACCUACAGCAGCACUACGACCAGCGUCGAUGACAACGAGACAACUGAGACAGACGUCACCACCACCUCCUGGCAUUCUACGGAGGACGACAUAGUUCCUCUGGACGUCAGAUGGCCAGGAGUGACUCUCGAGGCCGAGCCAAAGUCUGUACAGACAUACCCUGAGCAGCCUGUGGUUGCUAGAGUUAUGUUCCACAAUACAUACUGUCAACCCAGCAUAGGGUCUCUAGUACCCGAGACUUGGCUGAAUCUCGUGUACUGCGGCCAUUCUCCACUGGGCUGUGUCAACUCUACACACAAACAGGUACUCUAUUCGGAGCAGAUUCUUGGUUACCCUAGCCUGAGGGAGACCACAUUGGCGUGUAACUUGUUUGGCCUAGCAGGACACUACGCGCUGGCUCUACGCACCACCAUCAACACCUCCAGCCACCUCAUAUCUUACACACCACAAGACCACACUGUUAAGGUGGAGUGGAGUGAUAAGUUUGUGUUCAAUGUCCACGCUCGAAGCAUCUUCCCCUGCGACGGACACGGGGGCAUCCCCGUGCUGUUUCAGUACCCUUCCUGUAUUCUGGAGACGGGUGACCGAGUCAGGGUGUUUGGCCGACUCCGGGCCGACGUGACGGCCGGGGCUCCGCCCUCCACGCUACACUACAUCGCCGAACACAGGGUCACUAGAGGUCAACACGCUCUCAACUUUGACUGCGAACUGUUCACCGAGAGAUACGUUGAGUAUUGUUUUGUCUACGUCAGCCAAGCCAUCAGUGGCGCCGUCAGUGACGUCAGGAUGGACUGUGUGCCUACACUGCCUGUACAUGAGGCCGAGAGCGGAGGCUGGGGCUCGUGGACCUCGUGGACUCAAUGUACAACAACCUGCAGUGGAGGAACCAGAAACCGCUACAGGCUCUGUGACUCCCCUCCUCCUAGAUAUGGGGCCAGGUUCUGUGAGGGCCACGCGCUAGAGACAGAGCGGUGUGGGACGGCGCUGGCCUGGGACUGUCCGUUCUACCAGGAGGGUGCUGAUGUACCAGCGGAGAGGCCUGAGGUGAAGGCGGAGGUCGGGCCUGGCUGUAGAUGCGGCUGUGUGGUGCACCUGGGAGUGGCCAAACCAAGGAGACUAGUGGCCUCGUCAUCGCAAAGCUGUCCGGGCCGUACCUUCUGGCUAAUACAGGCUGACCGUAAUCAGCUUAUCCGCCUUUCCCUGGAGCAGUUCCGCCUCCCAUGCUCUGCCCAGUGGCUCAAAGUGCGAGAUGGGGACUCCCUGUCGUCUACUCUGCUGGCUCACCUCACUGGAGUCCUAGGGAGUCACUCCAUCAUCAACUCCUCAGCAAACUUUCUCUUGUUGGAGUUCUUCUCUGACGAGUUGGCUGCGAUUGGUGAGGAGUGUUGGGGAGGGUUCCUGGCCCACGUUCAACAAAUAGAGCGGACGGGCAACGUAACCUCGGGCAGUGAGGUGUCUAUGAGUCCCACCAUCAGUCCUCUAGAGCGGCUGGCGCUGGUACACAUCGCGGUGAUCCUACUGCUGGUCGUGGUUUUGCUCACCUCCACCUGCCUUGGAGCUCAGUAUAUGCACCGUUACCGCAAGUACCAGCUGGCAGCUCACGACGACUUGGAGUCACUCGCCGUCUCUCUGGGAGAGUCCAUGGGCAGUCUGGUUCCUGCAAGGAGUCGGGCCACUUCCAGCACCACUCUGCUGUCCGAGGUCAUCUCCCUCAGGAGGUUCCGACCUCACCGUCACACGAGGCUGCCAGACCACGAUGACGUGGAGGAGGAUGAGGAACAGGAGCUGGAAUCAUCCGUGGAAUCACACAGGGAGGACGAGCAAAAGGAAGAACAAGAAGCCAGAGUCUCAGUUGCUGAUUCAACAGCUGAUGUGGAGAUGAGACCAACCAGCCUGGAUGUGAAACAGCAUCGUACACCACGACACAACCAGGAAACUGUCAGAAUACACAAGUCGUAUAAAAAGUACAAGUCCCCAGUGAGCCCCGUGGUGGAAAAGCCAGAGAGCCCAGAGGACCAAGACAGCUCUCAACAAACUCUCUCCCCUCCACCUCCAGGCAGAAGGUCCAGCAACGGACUUAGUAGACCCAGCGUCAGCUCUAGCGUGUCGUCGUCCCUCACUAAUGCCUUAUCCUCCCCUGCGUCAAGCCUCAGAAGUAACCCUAAGGAGACAAAGGAGAAAAGGAACCGCGAGCGUCUCCUGGCAGGGUCGGAGUUCAGUCUGGCAGGAGAGAUGGAGAUGGACUAUUACGACUACAACGUCUCCAAUGCGAGCACGGUGCCUGGGUCAUUUCUGGGGAUGGACCCUGCCUUCUGUCUGUGGAUCCCUCCGUUCGCACCAGGUCAGUGGGACGACGAAGAAGAUGACGAACUGAUCGGUAAAUCGGACAGCGAAGACACAGAAAUGAAGGACCUCGGUGGGCUCAAGGACAGAACUCCGGGUGAAGACCUGGUUAAAGAGACAACGGACUUUAGUGAAGGAAAAGAAGAUUCUGGGUCUGCAACGCCAGUGAACAUAGAAGAUACGAAGAGUGAAAAAAGCUUUCAUGAUUGCUACAGUCUUAGAGAAACUUCUGAUCUGGAAGAAGUGAGGAUCAAACUUGUUGAAAAACUAGUGCCUGUGUCUCCUGCUAAAGUACAUCGUGCCUACAGAGUGAAGGAAAAGGAAACCGGUGUAGAAAAGUCCCCUAGUGAUAGCGGUGAGUAUUAUGACCUUUUAAACAACGAUGAUGCGGAUGACAUAAAGUUUGCUGAUGAUGACGAUGAAACAGAAGAUGAUUACGUUGAAAGGAAACAAACCGAUAUAGUGAUUCCAAAAGUGAGGAGUAACAGGAGUUCAUACUAUGAUGCAUAGUAAGCUUGACCAUUGACAUCCAUUUAUUUAUUUAAGGAAACUUUUUAAACUUUAUGAAUUGUAAAAUAAUUCUGUUUACGGUUAAAAAAAGAUAAAUUAAUUUCUAAUUAAGAAUUAUUUCUUUGGUUGUGCUAUCUUUGUUCAAGUAAAACAUGUAUUUCAACAUAAUUAAUAACAAUUAAAACACUUUGUUAACAUUUUUUGUAGUUCCUUAAGAAAUUGUAUCCUGAUAAACAGACAAUAUUUCAACAACCAUUUAUACAGAAACUACAAAACAAUAGGUCAAUAUUUUUACAUGGUGUUAAUAGUUUGUAUAUUCAUGUAAAAAGGAUGUUAUUGGUGUAGCUUAGAAACGAAUUAUAUUUUAGAAACUUUAUCUAAAAGUAUACAGAAUAAACAUUCUUUAAUAACUAAGUUAGUUAGUUAUAGAUAAAUGUUAGA